AUGAAGGCUCUUCUGUCGACAAAUACAGCGCAAGCCAUUCAACUUUGUGUCACCGCCGAGGACAUGUCUGGUUUCACUCCACUCCAAGAGGCCAUCUGCAAUGAGAAUCUGGAAGGAUUACAGGUGAUUCUCUCGGAUGUAAUCGCUUGUCGUGACGCCAAAAAGCAAGUGCUUCGUUGUCUUCAGCACUACGUCGUUAAAGAUUACGAUAAAUGGAGAAAAAUCGGCAUCCUCGUGUGCAGUUCACAACUCGAUUGGUUGAUCCAAAUGGACCUGUCCGGGGACACGAUUUUGCACAAACCACUUCCGGAUCCCGAUAUUCUCCGUGUUUUGUGCCUAUUCGCGGACAGGAGCUGUUUCGAGCUGCCAAAUGGCAGUGGACUGACCCCGUUGCAAGCAGCCAUCAAUCGCGACGACUUGGCAGCUUGUGUGUGCUUUGUUUCGUUCGGGGCUGAU